UUUAUUCAACCUUGGACAGUCAAUCUGCCGACGGAGAAAAUCGGUGUGUAUCCUUGUGAAUUCAGUACGUGGGUCGGGCCGCGAUCAGUCAUCAUUCUUCAGUGGUCUCUUCGGUUUGUCAACCUCGCAACGAGACACCAGCGUAAAACAAAAAGCGACGAUGUCAUUCAACAAAUUAAGCAUCGAUCAGGUUGAUUUAGCCGGCAAGAGAGUGCUGAUGCGAGUCGACUUCAACGUGCCAAUGAAAGAUGGAAAAAUUACCAACAAGCAGCGAAUCGUUGCCGCUGUCGAUUCGGUCAAGUAUGCUUUGGAGAAGAAUGCCAAAUCCGUUGUAAUGAUGUGCCACUUGGGGCGACCGGAUGGCACAAGGAAUAUGAAGUACACCCUGGCACCCGUUGUUCCUGAGCUCAAGGCUCUGCUAGGCAAAGACAUCACCUUUCUGGACGACUGUGUCGGUCCUGAGGUCGAAAAGGUCUGUGCGGAUCCAGCGCCGGGAUCUUUGAUUUUAUUGGAAAACUUGAGAUUCCACAUCGAGGAAGAGGGCAAGGGUGUGGGGCCUGACGGGACCAAGAUCAAGGCUGACAAGGAGAAAGUUGCGGCAUUCAGAGCAUCUCUUCGAAAACUUGGAGAUGUUUACGUUAACGAUGCUUUUGGAACGGCUCAUCGUGCUCAUAGUUCGAUGCUAGGCGAGGGCUUCGACGUUAGAGCCAGCGGUUUCACAUUGAAAAAAGAAUUGCAGUACUUUGCUAAGGCACUGGACAAUCCAGACAAACCACUGCUGGCCAUACUUGGGGGAGCCAAAGUAGCGGAUAAAAUUCAACUGAUCAAUAACCUGCUGGACAAGGUUGACGAAAUGAUCAUCGGUGGUGGAAUGGCAUUCACAUUUCUGAAAGUCACGAAAAACAUGAAGAUUGGUGCUUCUCUCUUUGACGAAGAAGGUGCAAAAAUCGUUAAUGACCUUCUGGAAAAAGCAAAAAAGAAUAACGUACAAGUACAUUUACCUGUGGAUUUCCUGACGGGUGAUAAAUUUGCUGAAAACGCAACUGUUGGAACUGCUGAUGUUGAAACAGGCAUUGCUGACGGCCUUUUGGGUCUCGACAUUGGUCCUAAAUCACAGGCUAUAUUUGCUGAACCUCUGAAGCGAGCAAAGGUAAUCGUGUGGAACGGUCCGGCAGGAGUUUUUGAGUUUGAAAACUUCAGCAAAGGUACAAAGAGUUUGAUGGACGGUGUUGUUGCUGCCACACAGCGUGGUGCAAUCACGAUAAUCGGCGGUGGUGAUACAGCUACUUGCGCAGUAAAAUGGCAAACAGAAGACAAAGUUAGCCAUGUCAGUACUGGCGGUGGUGCCAGCUUGGAGCUUCUAGAAGGCAAAGUUUUGCCAGGAGUUGCGGCUCUUUCCGAUGCCCCAUAAAUAGGGCAAAAGGUUCCUGUACAAUUCACAAACUCUUGACUUUUCAGAGCAGAUUAGCACUGUUUGAACCACUAUGUGUAUAUAGAAUAUCGAUUCCUGAAACGUGAUAUAAAGAUUUAUUUCUAUGUAAUCUCUUUAGAUGUCACGUUUUAUCUCUAUAAGAAUAUUGUACCAAAAUCUAUCAUGUUGCUAUUUAAUAAAAGUUAACGAUUCUAAUUCUAAAUUUAUGUGAAUUAUGCUGGCAUAUUGUAUGCGAUCACCUAGCUUUACAUUGACCUGGAAGCUCCAAUCGUCUAAGAAUGUCAAUCAAUAGGACAACCGCGUGUAACAGUGAAAAUGUGCCAUACCUCAGAAGUAGUCCUAAGGGUUCUGGCUGUCCAUCUCUGUUCACUGCGAUCAAUUAGACAAUUUGAGACUUCUCACUUAUCUCGAGGAUAUGUUAAAUAUAACAACAUUGUAACGAUGAAUAAAUAACAAUUUAUGUGUAUAAACAUCUAAGCAUGGCACUUACAAAAAUGUUGAAACCGUCCCAUGAACAGACUAACAAACAUAGCCAUGUCUCAUAUGGCGCAAGGGUAUAAUAAAUAUUAACACGUACCUAGAUGAAAUAAAUUUGCUGAACCGAGUAUAACAGAAUAAAAAUUUACUAUCUGUAAAAAAAAGUAGUAACGCGUAUAAGGACAUAUUUAUUAUUACCUUAUAAUUACCAUUUUCCCGUAGGUGGCUAGUGAAGAUCACAGAUCGUGUUUAGGUUUUAUUUUUAAAUUAUAGUAUGGUGACCUAUUCCUUAUAUAUUACAUCUAUAUGCAUAAUGCAUGUAUUGUCAGUAGGGAUGUGACUGGACCAGAAGUGUUAGAUCUUGUCAAAGUCGAAUUUUCGCAUCCCUAACGUUAUGUUUGUAGUUCGUACAUAACAUUGCGAAGUAUAUACAUGUAUACACGUACCUACACCGCAUUUUAGGUAAGAUACACGUAAAAUAAGAAAACAAACCCUAUGCACGGCGCAUAGAAAAUUGUGCGAGGCAGUUGCUACAUGAAAAACGAUCACGUACUCCAUACUCAAACCGAUGUGCACACAAAUGAAAUAAAGUCAUGGAAUUAACCGAACAACUACCCCACAUCAUAUUAAUUUCAAUCAUGAAAAGAGAAUUUUAUGUAAUCUAUCAUUGAAAAUGCAAAUGACUGUAGAUAUGCUAUAGAUAUCUGUCGGCACUAGUGUUGCGAAAUAAAAAUGGAAGC